CCGGCACCCCACGACCUACUUCCGCACUCCACACGGGCACGGCUGACCACAUGCUGGAGUCCCAUUUGGUGCAGAAUUUGGACCUCAACUCUGUCCUCCACUGGGCGUGCUCGUGCCGCGACUUGGGACGGGUCCGCCGCCGGUUGUGCCACCAAGCGCUGGAAAGUUUGCUUCGGUCCGCGGUCGAGCGACGGCAGCUUUCCGCCUGGUCUUCUCUGCGGCAGCACGCGAAACGGGGCAGCGAACUGGCCACCCGCGCGUGGGCGGAUGCGGUUUUGAGUCAGGCGCGGGAGUACGGGUUGUGUGGCGACGAGGACAUGUUCUCCAAGGUGGAAGAGGUGCACAGACCACACUUAUUGUCCACUUCUCGAGGUGGUAAUGAUUCUGGAGGUGAUACAGUUACCACGGGCAGGUCUGCUUCUACUACUUCCAGCAAAGGCAGCACGAACAGUACCUACUUCAACCUCUUUCCCCGGUACUACACCGGUGCUCCUACCGGCUUUGAGUGCGUGGAAACUCGUGGGGGCGGGUUCGACUACUGCGGUCCUGCUGGUGGUGCGGCAAGUUCCAGCUACAGCUACUUUGAUAACGAACUGCACGGCGUUGACCACAUUGUUAGCCGCGUAAGUGGUCAUGGCGAGCCGCAGGGCCGUGCCCGGGUGGAACAAACUCAGUUUUCCGACGACCUGUCGGCCACCUUCGAUCCGCCCUUUCCGCGGCAGGACUCCUCCUCUUCCUCCUCUGGCGGCGCAACUACUGACGAUCGACCACUUUUGACCAAGCAAAUGGGUACAGAAUCUUGCCUGAAAGAGGAUCUUCACACCAGCAGCUGCGCCAGUAAAUCUGGUCGUCAAGAAAUAAACCGCGCCCGCAGCCUGAGUCGGAGCUCCGGUGAGAUUUCCAGCACCCGCGCGCCGAGCAGCCCGUGCUCGGGUUAUUUGGGGAUGGGAUCAACAACAUCUUCGGCGGCUGGGUCGAAGGCGGAUUUUAUGUAUGAUGAUGGAACUUGACAACGAAAACAAUGUUGGCGAUAGGCCGUGGUCUACUCCUUUCGGAGACGAUUUUGGCGAGAGAGUGGAACAAGAAGAGCAGCUGCCACUGGCCCCGCGGAAUAAGAAGGCGGAUCCCGCAGCGGAAUCAACUAUCAGUACUGACACAAGAACAACUAUCAAUACUGACACAAGAAUGCAAGGACAACUACAGGGCUCUCAGCGACCUUCGACGGCCACCGGAAGAAGCGGCGAGGACACGGGCUGUUCUUGUCUCCCAGCAGCAGCAGGAAGCGAAACGAUCAGAGCUGCCACCCAAGGAGGUUAUACAACGCCCAAGAAAAACCACGACUGGGGGCAGCACGUAACCGCGCAAAAUUUCUUCCACUACUUGGUGAUGAUCUCGUAUCGUACGACGAAAGUGUCUCAGUCUCAACUUGUAAUGCGCAACUCCCUUGAGACAGUUUUUUGUCAUGCUCGAGAUGCAAGAAAGGCGUCUUUCAUUGGCGUUUUCCCUUGUGUCUGACGCAGCACAGGUUUUCUAUGUCAUGCUGAGCAAAUUUGUGUUGCUGAGUCUGCAAGCGUGUCGGACUGAGACAGUUUUUUUCGUGCGAUAUCUCGUUACGCGGGAGAGACCUUUACGACGACACGUUUCAAGUCCCAAGUCCGUGCGCUUCGCCCCGCGAGAACAAUCUGAUAACUUCAACUCAGGGCGCGGAAGACGGACAGAGGACCACGAUGAAUCCCCACAGCGGUUCUUCUCAGUCACGUUUGAUAGACCAGAACGCGCCGAGAAGUUGUAGAUCUUCUGCCCCUCGCCGAAAUAUCAAAUUCAAAAGUGUCUGGGUCUGGAACUUUGCGCGACUUGUCAUGCAGGUUUUCCAUGACCCAUAUGAUCUGUAAUGGAGGACCUAGCAUGACAGAUUCCGUGAGAUCACUAUCAUGCCUAGCAUGCAUGAGAAACUGCCUCUCAACUUGAUAAGAAGUGGGCAGCAUUUGGUAAUCAUGCAACACAAAUUUGUGCGUGAUUCAGAUUUAGCAUGACAAGUUUCCAGACCCAGACACUUUUGCAGUGCAUACGAAAUCCGGUGAACCAACACGACCUGAAACCCGUCAUCAACGCGAUUCGGGAAAUCGGCGUGUCCCCGCUUGUAUGCACUGCAAAUGUGUCUGGGUCUGGAAACUUGUGAUGCUAGUUUGUGAAUGAUGGGCGUGCAACUCCAUUGCGCAGCCACGCAUCACAAGUUUCUGGGCACCUUUAUGUUUCGCUUUCCGCAUGGCAAACCGCACUUUUGCAUGACAGGCAAACGGCUUUUUUCCUGCCCACGCAUUACAGAUGCAGGUGUCAUGUGAGACAAGCAUGACAAACUUGCAUCCUUCCAGACCCAGACAUCUUUGCAAUCCAUAGCUUUGCGGCCAGCCAGACCAGUUGGUGGCCUGUGCGGCGCUGGGAAACAUCUUGGAAAACAAACAUCUCCUCGGGAAGCGGCACUCGACCAGCACUUGCUACAAAAAAUUUGAUACCAUUCAACAUCGAGAUGGUUUGUUAAAUGGGUCUUCGAAUGAUCGUCCUUUUUCAGGAACUAUAUUACCUCUCAACAGUGGUGACGGCAGGGACGUCAAUACCUACAAGGAAAAAUCCGGACCGGGGCAUACAUCAGGAGCUGGGCUGUCGGAUGAUAUUGAGAUGGUGUUCGAUCGUGACACUGCGCCGCAAGAGUCUCGAUCUCCGAACCAUCAGCACUUUAUUUACGACCGGGCCGACGGCGCCAGACGCCCAUCACCGUGUUCCACCUCUGCUUGUUCCUCUCUUAGAGCAAAACUCGCAAGAACGACCGCGUCCGCCGCCUCCCCGCGCACCAUGAUCAGGGAGCACAUGAUCCGUAAUACUAAAGAGGAACAGACGGUGGAAGUGCUGGACGACGAAAACAACAAUCCUAGCCGCGACUGUAUUAACUCCGACGUCUCCGAGUCCGCCGUGCACGUUCUGAUCGACUUUCUGCUGUGCGCGCCCCAUUUGAAGGUUCGGGAACACGCGGCCAAGGCGCUCGCGAAGGCGAAGACUUGCGUGCCGCUGGUCGUGUCCGCACUGCAGGCGAGCUGCCGGAAGGGCGACAAACUCUGCGAAACCGUACGCGAGUCGCUGUGCGAACUCGCUUAUGAACUGCAAAAGUACUAUCGUACUACUAGAAAUUGCAUUACAAAUUGACUUAGCAUUACAAAUUGAAUUUGUAAUGCAGAUUUGCCUUAAGAAAGAGAUUUGUAAUGCAUAAAUGCAAUUACUACGAGUGCGAUACUGUUGCACAGGAUAUCGCCGUGCAGGCGCACUCGGACGACGCGCUGGACUGCCUCCUGUCUACGGUGAACUGUUGCUUCCAUUGUAUGCACUGCAAAAGAAAAAUCGUACUAGUAUGAAUUGCAUCACAAAUUUUUCCAAAAACAAAAAUGCAGUUUGUCAUGCUAUUUCAGGUAGAACGUUGGAUUUGUGAUGCAUAUCUGCAAUUAAUACGAGUACGACACUUUUGCACAUGAUACAUUGCGGGGGGUCACGAAACUGUCGCGCGGAUAAUUCGAACAUGCGGUGCUGGGCGGACAGCGAAACGGGGCGAUUCACCAUGAUUGAAGCUUUGGGCCGCUUGGGGGACGAAGAAGAUUGUUCCACUUCUACAACUCCAGAACGAAUAGUAGAACAAGUAGAUUUAUCUCAGCAGCAGGAUGUGCAGCGACAGGUCGCGGUGCAGCCGAUGACUUCUGCGGGAGAAACGGCCGAGCGAAAAAAACUGUCGACAGAACAACCUGGCCGUGCGGUUCCUACAUUAAGUAGACCACAGAAGAAGCCGCACAAGAGCCUGCUAUCCCGUCAUCCCCAGGUCGUGCCCUUCCUGCAACACCUUUCCGUUCGGGACGCGGAUCGCAAUCCCUUGAUUCAGCGCGCCGCGCGUAAGGCGCUGGCGAAUUUAGCCAUCAAGGGCUGUAUCGCAAGUUUGGAUGCGUUGGUGCAGUUAUUGACGGAGCAAAAGCCGAGGUUUGAAAUCGCCACACGGGUGGGGGCAGUGCGGAAUUUGGGUCGGUUUUUGCGGGAAACGAGUAAGAGUUCUGAGCAGACCGGCGAAAAACAAUUUUCCGGAACAUCAUCAAGAUCAUCCCAGCAUUGUGUCUCUGGUGGUUUUACUGCGGCAACUCAUGAUAUUAAAGGUGCUUCUACCACCACUAGUCGCUUCAAGGACCAAGUUUCCCGCCUCGACGAAGAUUUCGACUGUGUCGGCAAAAGCAGAAACAGCAAAACCCUCGUGCGGAACCAAAUAUUGCGAGCGAUGCAGGAGGUGGUCGACGACGUCACGGAUGACGCGCAGGUGCAGGAAGCGGCCAAUGAGGUGCUGGACGAGUUUCACGCGAAGGACAUUUUUGACCCGAAAACGUUACCGGGCUGGCCGGUUUGAGGUUGUUGUAAGUAUCUUCGCGAACUAGAACUACUAGAGGUAGAGCUUCACGUUGACACCGCAGGGGCAGAUUUAGCAGAAGCAUUGACCCGACAGAACAGAGUACAGGGAGGACACAGAUGCUUCAUAUUGCUAUAGAGGUAACUUUUUUUUUGAGGCAACCGAUGAGAGAAAUUCCUAUCAUGUUUUAUUCGAGAUUUUUACAGAAUUUGUGCAAGUUGUGUGUACUUACUCUGUUGAACUUUUGCUUUUUAUAUUUUUCUGUCUGUAAAGUAAAUUUUGUAUAUUAUCCGCUUUCGACGAUUGUAGAUUUUUGAUUUUGACAUACGACUACACUCACGAGAAUACUGACCUUUCCUAUCUUGUUUAAUUUUGUAGUUGUGUUUCCAUCCCGAGAAUAAACCUACCACAGUUGUGUGAGAGUACUUUUUACCACGAGAAGAUGUUAAAUGUCGAAAAGUAAUGUUUUCAAAUCUCCACUUCCAGCCGCGAAACUUUCUUGUCAAAAUGAAAUGGACCUUAUCAAUGACAUAAAACUCAGCUCCGCUUUGUCUCACCGCUUGAAGUCUUUGCAGUGAAACAAAACAUUCACGACUACUACAUUUUCGUUCGAGUAGUUGAGGUCUUCUGUGCCCCCCUCGAUCUCCAGUUUUUUAUUCUUAUUGAGGGCCCCCAAGUUUCCGAGUUUUGUUGUCUGCUAAAAAAAGCUGUAACCACACGCGAAACGCAAACACACCAUUUUACGACCGAGGAGGGUGCUGCGGUGGCGUGGCAUCAGUCUCGAGUCAGAACGGAGGGGCAGAUAGACGCCUUCCCGUUUUACCCCCUGUAGAUAAAGUGCGUGUUUGUAUGCGGCGAUGAAAGUCCACGGCAUAACGUGGAGACCCGUGGCACUAGAAUAAAUAUGUAUGACCCGACAGCUGCUGAUGUUGAAAUGCAGGGGUAGUAGAUAGCUUUGUCUGUGCGCUUCUGAAACAAGUUCGUAAGAUCCAAGGACCAAAAAGAGUAAAAGUUAACAAACCACGGACGCCGUGG